AUGACAACACGGAUGGUUAUACGAAAGGGGAAAGAGUCCAACUUUAACAACAAAGUUGACAUGUGGGCACUAGGCAUAAUCAUCUACAUCCUUUUAGGAGGCUAUAGGCCCUUUUACCCCUGUUCUAGGUUUGAGGAAAAGGUAACGUUCCACGAACGAUACUGGUUUAAUAUAUCCUCAGAAGCAAAGAACUUUAUUCAGUCCCUCCUGCAGAUUAACCCGUCGAAACGGCUGAACGUGAUUGAGGCGAUCGAUCACCCAUGGUAA